AUGAAGAAACUUGUCUCUUACUCUUCUCGCUUUUGCAUCUCUGUUCCUCAUGCCGUUCAAGCUUCCUCCCUGCUAAGGAUUCGGUCCUCUAACAGAAUACCCAUACUACCCCUAGCGCAAUUGUUCAGCACAACUCCCUCCUUCUCACAAAAGAAUCGUGUGUUUACUCCUUUUCGAACUCCGCCCCAAUUCCACGAUGCCCUCCGCCUCGUCUCCGCCAACAACACGCUCAUGUUGGCCCUCUUUACCACCUCCACAUGUACGCCCUGCCGCACGAUAACGCCACUUUUGACCUCCCUCGUCGAAACUCGACCACCCUCGCCGGAAGAUAGAUACUCGUCUCUCGCUUUUGCAGAGAUCGAACUGGACUCUCCAGAUAUAAGCAACGGCAACAUGAUGGACCUUGGAGUGGAAUACGGAGUCAGGAGCAUGCCUACAUUAAUGGGAUUCGGGGGUCGGAGAGCGGAAAGAGUCACGGAGCGACUGGUCGACACGAGGAUGUUGAGUAACGAGAAGGCAAUGGCAAAGUGGGUUGACGAAGAGAUGAAGAAGGGUGACCCGUCUCCCAGUUCGAGCCAAAGUGGCGGUGGUGGAUUUCUUGCGAGGAUUUUCGGGCCCUGA